AUGGAAAAUGAAGUGUUUGAAGAUAGGGAGCAUGUGGAUAACCGGAUAGAUAACGAAGAGGAUAACGUUGUGGAUGGUAGACAUGAGUACGUUGAGCUUCCAUGCAGUGGGGAAACAAUUCAGCAAUGUCAGAAAGUAUUGGAAUGGAAAGAUGGGACGGGGAUUGAAAUAGGUCAAGAAUUUGUUUCUAAGGAGGCUGUGCAAGAUGUGGUUAAUAGAGCUGCGAAUAAGUAUUGUUUUGCGACCAAAACUGGUAAGUCAGAUCCUUCUCGGAUCACCUUACGAUGUCGACAAUUUUUAGAAGGUUGUCAAUGGUAUUUACGAGCUGGAAAAGGAAAGAACUCAGAUUGUUUCAAAGUAAAAGUUUACAGGAGGAUGCAUACAUGUGAUCGGUCUGAUCUGAGUACAACCGAUUGUAAAAAAACCGGCACUCCACGAUUAAUAGCAUCUGUUUUGCAUGAGGAUUAUCCAGCCCAGUUGGAUACUCCGGCUCCUAAAAACAUCAUGGGUAUUGCUCGUGGAAUACUUGGUAUGCAUUGUUCGUACUCUACGACAUGGAGAGGGAAAAAGCAACACGUUAGUGAUGUGCGUGGGAGUCCUGAGAAGAGUACACGGAUUUGCACUCUUAUUUGUACAUGCUUUAAAGUAAUGAGGAAAGUUAUAAUUAUGGAUGCAACCUUCUUUAAGUCUAUAUACGACGGAAUGUUGGUGUUUGCAACAGCUCAAGAUCCUAAUCAUCACAAUUAUAUCAUUGCUUUUGGGGUCAUUGAUAAGGAGAAAGAUACGAGUUGGUCUUGGUUUUUGAGGAAGCUAAAAACAGUUGUACCUGAUGAACCGGGUUUGGUUUUUAUGAGUGACAUAUAUCAAAGCAUCAUCAAGUAUGUUGCGCAGGUGUUCCCAAACGCGAAGCAUGGCUUUUGUAUUUGGCAUAUGUCUCAAAACGGGAGAGGGAGAGUAAAGAAUGAGAAGGACGAAGCGGCGACGAAAUUCCGUGAAUUAGCACAUGUUUAUACUGACCAUGAGUUCAGGACAGAGUAUGAGAAGUUUAAAAGAAGAUAA